AUGAUGCAUGUUGAUAAUGAUCUUCCAGGCGUGUUCUUUAUUGAUGGUCCAGGUGGAACUGGAAAAACAUUUUUGUACAUUGCCUUGCUUGCUGAAAUUCGGUCACGUGGUCUUAUUGCUCUCGCAACAGCUUCAUCAGGUGCAACGGCUAAUAAUAUGCCAGGAGGUAGAACGGCUCACUCGAGAUUCAAGAUUCCUCUUAAUCUUGAAAAUAAUUCAAUGUGCAAUAUCAAAAAACAGAGUGGGGCCGCUAAACUAAUUCGGUCUGCCAAAAUAAUCAUAUGGGAUGAAGCGUCGAUGGCUAAACGACAAGCGAUAGAGGCAGUCGAUCGUACAUUCCAAGACAUUAUAGGUGUUAGUCUCCCAUUUGGUGGAAAGAUAAUGGUUAUGGGAGGUGACUUCAAACAGGUGUUGCCAGUUAUUAAACGUGGCACUCGAGCACAAAUUGUAGACUCCAGCGUACGAAUGUCACCUCUUUGGUCGUUGACUAAGAAGAUGCGGUUGACCAUAAAUAUGAGAGCGCUGAAAGAUCCAUGGUUUUCUAAAUUUCUUUUAAGAGUCGGCGAUGGAACUGAAGAACCAAUCGAAGGAAACUAUAUCCGCAUACCCGAUGACAUGACAAUUCAGUGCAACAACAGAGAAAACGCUAUAAAAGAAUUGAUCCAUGCCAUCUUUCCAUCAAUUGAAGAUAAUGUAUAUUCUUCAGAUUAUAUAAUCUCUAGAGCAAUAUUGUCCACUAAAAAUGAUAGUGUUGACGAGAUUAAUAAUCAAAUGAUUGAAAUUUUUCAAGGGGAGGAAAAAGUUUAUUACAGUUUUGAUGAAGCUGAAGACGAUCAGCGCAACUUCUAUCCGGUCGAGUUCUUAAAUUCGCUAAAUGUUAGUGGUUUGCCGCCUCAUAAGCUUCGUUUAAAAAUUGGAUGCCCAAUAAUAUUGUUACGUAAUAUCGAUCCAUCACAUGGCCUGUGUAAUGCCACGCGGUUGAUAUGUAAGGGUUUCAUGCGAAAUGUUAUUGAUGCGGAAAUUGCAGUCGUCAACAUGCCGGAAAAAGAGUUUUUUUGCCAAGAAUCCCUCUAA